AUGGCUACAAUCGCUCUUGAACGGCCACUCCCUCCCCACAGACCCGCUUCGGCUCUUAACGCCCCCAUAACCCCUCCGCUGUCUCUCGAGGGCUUCAACACCCCUCCGUCUUCUCAAGAUUCGCCAUACCAACAAUCCAUUGUACCAAACAAACACAUCCCUGUUUGUCCACCUGGCUCCGGACAAGCAGAGUUGCUCGAAACACCUCCCGACUCGCCUAACAGUGACGAUUUUGCCGGCCAACCAACCCUCCUUCAUCCCAUCGAUGACUUCACACGCCGUGAUUCUGGACCAUACUCCAUCUUUGAGAUUGACCCCACCUCUGUUGCCCAUGCCCUCGAUAUAGCUUCCCGCACUCCCCUGCCAGAGCCUGCUCUUGUCUUUCCCUGGCUACACGGACUGCACCCACACAACCAGCUUCAGCAGGCUUUCUUCAAUGCUCGGAAGCGAGCGCACCGCAAGGCGCCGUCAUGUAUGCGAGGAAUCACACUUGUCAAAGCUGAUGGACACCUGAGCCGGUCCCGCCUCAAGGGAGCUGUGGCUCCCGAGGAGCUGAUUCGGGCUGAUGCGUCUACACUAAUGUUCCAUGAGGCUGAUCCCCCCGAAGGCUUUUCCGUGCGAAACUUUCAUAUCCAGCCGCUGAAAGCUGCCUUGUUGUCUGACAUUAUCGUUUACGAUGAGUGCGAAAAGACUGCCACCCAGGUGGCUUGGCAAUUCGCAACCGCCCAACAGCACUGGCGUGAGAAGCAUUUGACAGGGGACGAUGGUUUUCCGGAGUAUCAUACCUUCGUCUGCGUUGGGGACUUUGAAGAUUUUGAGGAGAAUCACAGACAAAUCGUCGCUAUCGAUUCCAAGGGCUACGCGACUGGAGAGGUGCUCGACUUUAUUGCCCAAGAGAGGAAGGAGAUGUGGAACAUGACGGAAGCCUCUGAAAUCUCAAAAAACGUAUUCAUGGGCCCAAGUCCCGAGAUGGGCAGCGCUGAGGAACAACAAUUUGAUAUCUUGAUUGAGUGCAGCGAUGGAGCACGUCUCAACCCUGAGGCCCUGCAGCUGGUUGCGGAGAGUCCUGCCGAAGUCAUCACCCAGCCAUACCAUGAAUUUCCUUCGUCUGGUAGUAUCUUGCCGCCAACUUACAGUCACGUCGAAGUCGACGCCCUGUUAGAAACUUGCAAGUGGAUCUAUCACCUAGCACACGGGACCCGGCCGUGCGGCGUCGAUGGUGAUGGCGAUGUUUCAAUGGACAUGGCCGACGAAUAUUCGACGCACAUUGUGCCUCGCAAGAUAUUGAUUCACUGCGGCGAUGGUUACACCGAGUCAUCGAUGUUGGGAAUCGCAUACUUCAGCUUCAGCACUGGACAGCCUGUUCCAGAAGCAUGGCUGAAGCUACACACGGAAAGGGGCAGGAACUUCUUCGCAUAUCCCAGCGAUGUCGCUCUUCUCAAGGCCAUAGCACCACGUCUUUUGACAGAGUCACCUGCGUGUCGAGGCAAGACACUGUUGGACAUCACAAAUAUGGUCAAGCAAGAGCCUUCAUGGCUGCCUGGCCUCGACGGUUCACUUCCCAGCCGUGUUCUCGAUUACCUAUACUUAGGUAACCUCGGACACGCCAAUAAUCCAGAUCUCCUGAAGGAGCUUGGUAUUCGUCAGAUUCUCAGCGUUGGCGAAACCGCCAUCUGGCGAGAUGGUGAUUCGGAGGCUUGGGGAGAAGACAACGUCUACACUGUGGAACGAGUGCAGGAUAACGGUAUUGACCCGUUGACCGAUCACUUCUCACGCUGUCUGGAGUUCAUCAGUUAG